AUGGAAAGUGGAACCACGAAAGCAUUUACGCCGGCCGUUGAAGAAACGCAGAAUGUCGCGAACGCUGAUUCUGCCGACUCCUUUCAGUCAUUUAUUUACGAAUUGUUUGAAAAGAAUGGUAUACUUAAUGACCUACGGGCAUACUUACGUGGCCACAUUGUAAAUGUUCUCAAAAGUGCACAAACUGGGGACCCACACCCAUGUCAGAAACAUUUUGCCCAACGUUUGGAGCUAACUCACCAAGCAGUGAACAUCCUAAUAGCUGAAUAUCUGAUGCGAUUUGAAUUUAGCUACAGUUUUUCCGUAUUUAUAUCAGAAAUACCAUUGGCUAAUAUGGUAUUUGGUUUUGCCAAGUCUAUGAUGGAGCGGAGUCAUGAAAAUAAAAUGGAUUUGAGAUUCAAGGAGUCUGAUAUCUGGUCUAUACUAAACUACUUAGAUAAUGGAGAACCAUGUGAGAGAUUUAUUAAAUUCUUGCCUUCUGUGGGACACAAGGCUCAAGAUAUGUUUAAUGCCAUUACUAUAGAGCUAGAAAAGUUAAACAUUAACCUCGAUGAUUGUCGCGGUGUACAAUGUGACUCUGAACACGCGACGAAUGUUGUGGAAAUGUACAAGCGUGAUAAACAUAUCCCUUUACUGCUCUGCAUACUGAAGUGUAUGCCACUGUACAAGGACAACGUUGGAGUGCCUCAAGACCUCAAAAAACAACUAUGUUUGUCAUGUAUUGUGUGCUGGAUGCGGGCAAAUACACAGGCAGUUCAGGACUUAUCACGAAACUUGCAGGAAUUGGGUUCGGACAACAUGCAGGAAUUGGAUUCUGACAACAAUGCAGCAGCCCCUUAUAUGCAAGUGGUUAGCCCACCAGAGCCACCACCAUUACCACCUGUUUUAAGCAGGCCGCUUCAAGAGAAAAUGUUCCAACAACUGAAGAGCGUGUACGAGGCGGAAGUGGAAAUGGUAAAGAUUGAAGAAGAGAAGAAAGUGAAAAGAUCAAUGGCCUCCCACGCCAUCAAAUUGCAGAAGGAACGAGAUGAGAUGGAAGAAAAGUUUAAAGCUCGUGAAGCGGAGUUGGAGCGUCGCGUGACUGCGAAGAAGCAGUUCCUGUGGGGCCUGGCGCGCGCCCUGCGUAGCCAACACGCCAGCAUGGCGCGCGCCAUGACCGACGUCAAGACUGAGACACGCAGGCUCGAACUCAAGGAGGACAGUUUAAAAUCCCAACUAGCCGAAGCAGAACAAAUUUUAAAGAAACGCGGCGAAGCAAUGCAGCUUCAAAUAUCGAAAGAACUCUCUAUCUUAGAAGAACAUCUAGAAUCUAUGAAGAAAGAGAGAGAAAACAUAACGAGAGAGAGAUCCGAACUAGAAAACUUGAAAACAGUACAAAAUUCCCCGGGAAAAUGCGUUAAAGUUCACGAAAUGGAAACUGAAGAGGUCCAUUCUCAUUAUGAUUUACUCAAAAACGAAUUAGCGAUACUGAAAAAGUAUUUAGAAUCUUCUAGGCUAUCUGCUAAGUGCGUCAUUGAGAGAGGGACGAUCACGGACCCUAUACAGUCAGUUUCAAAAGUAACCGUCACACUAAACAAUAGCCAGAGCAAUGAGAAAUGCUCCAAAAGCGACGACGUUGAUGAUAAAGUCAAAACCAAUCAGCUCGUCAAUGAUUUCAGGAAGAAAAAUGUCAAUUUUAGUCAGUCGAAUUUAGACGAACUCUACCACGAAACGAGUCGAGAACGCAGUCGGUCGUCCGUAUCGAGCGAAGCGGGAGAUUUGGAACUAGAACGUGCAAAGGACAGAGACCUCAUACAACGACUCAGAGAAGAAAAUGACAGACUCAAGGCGUUUGCUAGACAGCAACGUACCCGCAUCGAGCAGCUGUCGGGUUCCGUCCAAGUGCCCACUAGACCUCGCACUGCGCCCCCUGCCGCGGUCACGCAUAUUUACAAUAGUGCAAGUGUCAAUACUCUCAACGUCGGAUGGCGGAAGGGCGCUGGGGAGGAACUCAGCGUUUUCAGCAACGCCCAGCCUCGGAUACUGGUGCCUGGGGACACUCUGCCCUUUAUUGGAGUGUUACGGGACAGACACGGCAAUGCCAGGAGGUCUCCAAUAGGGUCGCGGUCAACCCGCAUCCGCGCCUGGCCACUCGCCGGAGUGACCAAGCGGGCCGCCUCGCCGCUACGGGACAGGCUUAGUAAUAGUGCGGGCAGUAGUGGGCUGGGCGUGGGGGGCGCGGCGCUGGCCGGCCCGUCCUGCGCCCUCAUACACGACGACGACGACUACCGCUCUCCGCCACGCGAACUACCGCCGCGAACCGCUUUGAGCUUGGAGUUGAAUACAGAGAAGAGUCCCCAUUCUGUACAUCGAGAGACCAAGGAGAAACUAAGGAACAAAGACUGCGUAAUAAUAAGUCCUCCAAUAAUGCCUCGCGACAAGAGUCCGAACGCAGUGUUACGCGAGGCCAAGCUGCGCCUGCGCAAGCUGGAAAUAGAAGCCGAAGCCGUCGAGAAGUCAUACCUCGACUUCCGGCGGAAACAGUCCGAACUACGCCUCGAGAGGAACGCGCGCAGGCAACGCGACGCAUGGGACGACGAGAUCCCACAAAUUGUUGUUCCAGAAGUAAAAACGAAGAGAAGUCAAUCACUCGAGAAACUAGAUGAACCCAGUAAAAAUGAGGAACAACCAUACACCGACCUACAUAAAUCCAUUCGUAACGACUUUGAAAACUACAUUCGCGAGUACAAGAACAAGUUCAACAUCGGCGAGACACACUUCCGCAGCAAACCCACUGUCGCUGAGAAAGUUAAACCCAUCCCCGGAGCUUACUCUGACGCUAAACAUCGUGACUGCAAAGCAGAUAAUGAUGCUCAAGGGAACUACCUGGAACAACCGCUUACAGAGUUCAGGAAACUGUACACGUCUGCCAGACUCAUAUGCAGGGACGAGAUCGACACCAAUUCCAGAAUCAUUCACCCAGAGAACACCAGCGACACCAGUAGGACAGAACUCGAGGAGCAGAUCUCGAAUCGACAGGACGCCAUUAUAAAUAUCAAAAACAAGAAACAAGCCGAACUAGAAAUACUGAAACAGAAUCUUAGCAAAAUGUACAACUUGAACAAUAGCAACCUCGACUUCAACGUACUCGCAGGCACGUCGGAAAACGAGGACUGUCAAGAAGUCGCUCAAAAUGCAGACGAGAAUAUACUAAGAGUGGAAGUGGAGAACACCAAUGAAUGGAAAAACCUGGAGUCUAAGACGCAAGAGUUGGUACUGGUCGUGCAGAGCUCAGUGACGGCGCAGGAGGUGACGCUGGCGUGCAACGAGGCGGCGCCGGACGACGUGUCCGCCGUCCUCGGCAGCGCGGCGCCCAGCCUGCCGCGCCUCGUCGCCGCGACGGAGGCCGGCCUCAGCGCGGACUCGCCCCAAGCCUACCUCAGCGAGGCCUCGCCGCCUCUCUCCCGCCGCGGCCGCAGCGAGUCCCCAGACCAGGCCUCGCACUUCACCCGGAACGACGCACUCGACGCAGACCCCAACCAACAAACCUCCAACUCGCAAAUGCAACUAGAACUUGCCAAAGAGGUUCUCGACAACUCUGUCAGCGAUUACGGGAAGGGCGAGUAUGCGGAUGACUUCUCAGCUGACGUGGACAACUACAACAGCCGGUCCGACUAUGAGAACCACUCCCCCAUAUCUCUACCCAAGACGUCCGAGGACGAGAACUUUUGGGACUCGUAG